CACUCAAGCUCCAAAGUUCAAUAGAUUCGUGAUUUUCAUUGUUCUCUGCUUUGUUUUGUUGUUACUUGGACUAUUAGUGUUUAAACCAAAUCAAACAUCAAAAUGUGCUGAAAAGGCGGAACUUAAAAUCAACAUGGAUUCUGGUAUGUUCAGAUAUAAGAGUAGAGAAGGAUGGGGAGCGAGACCUCGCGUCGAUGACCCAAUUCAACUUAAGACGCCAACUCAGUACGUCAUCAUCAUGCAUACAGCUGGGCUGGAUUGCGUUGAAAUGAUCGAUUGUUGUCAGAGUGUCGUUGAAAUUCAAAAUCUCCAUAUGGAUAAGAACAGGUGGUCUGACAUCGGGUACAACUUUCUUAUCGGUAGCUAUGGAGUUGUUUACGAAGGGCGGGGAUGGGGAGUUGAGGGGGCUCAUACUAAAAGCUGGAACAAGAAAUCAGUUGGAAUAGCCUUUAUCGGUGAUUUCCGCCUCAGAAAACCAGAUGACAAAGCCCUUCAAGCCCUUGAAGAAAUCCUACACUACGGAGUAGUUAAUAAGCUCUUGAUGGCAAAUUAUACAAUGUACGGCCAGUGUCAAUUGCGGCCUUUCAUGAGUCCAGGGGAGAAGCUUUACAAUGAACUGAUGACCUGGCCACAUUGGCAAUACCGUGAUGUACCCCAAAACGAAGAACUAGAUGGUGAUAGAGCAGCUUACUGUUUUGACAGAAAACCUCCCAUGGUAGCAAAACCUACAUGAACAUGCGAGAGAGAACAUUGAGGCCGUCCGAUAUCUUGCUUCCUAGGAGAGCGCCCCUAUUAAAUCAUCUAAGAUUACGUUUUAACUUUUAAGACACCCAACUAGUUGAAGCAAUUGCAAUGAUUAUAGAAGAAUGGUCAAUGUAGUCCUCCUUUUCAGUGAAAUCUGGGGGACGUGUGCAUUUCCUUCAAAUAAUCCAAGAAUAUUGUAAAAUCAUUGACAUAAAAAAGAAUCUCACACAAUUUAGAAAUAACAGUGUAAUAAAGUGGUGAUGAACUGAAUCUCGAGAUUAUUUGAACAAAGACAUAUAAUCAUAUUAUACACAUGUGUGUUAUUAUCAAACAUUCUCAAUAAGGCAGACUAGUGUAAUUUGCGCACAUGCAGACAUUGCAAUAUCACGAAAAUGUGUCACACACUGAUGAUGGAUCAGAGCGGACAUCCUUAUGCACUUACUGUGUGUUUGUAUGUUAGGAGCUGUUUAUGAUCUUCUUCAAUCAAAUACAUGCAGUCUCUAUCAUACCAGAAUGACAAAAUCACUGAUUGUGCAACAAUGAUGCAAGUGAUAACUGAGAAUGUUUCAUGCCAAAAUAAAGUUACAAACAUUGGUGCAAAGGCCUGUGGUAGAUCGUUUGGUAGAACUCUUAGCGAUCGGAAAUCAGAAGAUAGCAUUAAACUACCCAAUGGAUUGGCCCCCAGGGUCAUCUUACUUUACACCCUUGAUUUUUUGAAGGGCCUCUGAAAGCGCUUUACAGCAUCAGAAACUAAAUUCUGCAAAAAUAAUUGAUGGAAUCAGUGUGAUAUUACAUUGCAUGUGCAC